CCAGUGCCGAUACCCCCGAGAUAAGACUGGAGCUGCUCUCCCUCCCAUCUCUGAAGAUGAAGACCCUCUUCGCCUUUCUGUUCCUGGUGGUCUCCAUCACCCUGGCUGUGGAGGGUCUCAGUGCAAUCCCUGCGGUCCAGCCCGACUACAAGAAUGUGGAUGUUGGGCCCACCUAUUGCUGCUUUGACUUCGUGACACGUCCCAUCCCGCUGAGCCUGUUGAAAUCUUUUGAAUACACCAACGGCAGAUGCAGCCAGCCGGGCGUCGUAUUCGUCACAAAAAGAGGCAUAAAGACCUGUGCCGAUCCGUCAGAAAAAUGGGUCCAGGAUCGCAUCCAUGACCUCACCCCGCCUUGAACAGCCUCCGUGCAAGCAGAGAGCAUGUCUCCCCCAUCGACAGAGGCCCAUAACCAGUUUUGACCAAAGGAGAAACCAUUAUUAAAGGGAGUACUGUUUGCUGAA